ACCGGGAAAGUGGCUUCAAACUGAAAAGCAUGCUGCUCAUUCAGUAGACUCAGGUUUGGAGGUGCCACGCUGAGCGCGCGCCUCUGUCCUAUAAUCCCAAUCUGCAAACGUCUGCGCGUUUUGACAGACUGCGUCAGUUAGGUUCUUAACUUUCCAUUACUCAGAGCAACAUUUUUUUUUUUUUGCCUGUGUCAUAUUUAAUCUGAGCUGAGACAGGAGUUUGGGAAACUGCUGAGUGGGGCGGCUGGAUGCUUUGGGUGAACAGGUGGCGCACACCGGACGGACUUAACGCCCUUUACAGGACGCUGAGCCUUUGGUAGGUUAGUUGUCUCUGAGGUGUCGCCACUAUCUAGCUGCGGGUUUUCCGGACAAGGGGAAUCGUGAUGUCUGGGGAGGACGGCGACUCGAUGGUCAGCCGUAUGUCUGAAGUGAAGACCGCGAGAAAUGACAUCACCCCGUCAUCUCUGGCCAGUCCCGAGGCGGACAUCCUCAAGAAAUUCUACCACACCAAGCGGGUGGGCAGCUACCUGAUCGGGAGGAAGCUGGGCGAAGGGUCGUUCGCAAAAGUUCGGGAAGGUCUCCACACUUUAACUGGAGAAAAGGUGGCAGUGAAGGUCAUUGACAAGAAGAAGGCCAAGAAGGACUCGUAUGUCACCAAGAACCUACGGAGGGAGGGGCAAAUCCAGCAGAUGAUCAGCCACCCCAACAUUACGCAGCUUCUGGACAUCUUGGAGACAGAGAACAGCUACUACCUCGUGAUGGAGCUCUGUCCCGGUGGAAACCUCAUGACCCUUAUCUAUGAGAAGAAGCACCUGGACGAGAGGGAGACUCAGAAAUACAUCCGGCAAUUGGUGCUUGCUGUGGAACACCUGCACAGAUCAGGCAUAGUGCACAGAGAUCUGAAGAUAGAAAAUCUCCUCCUUGAUGAGCAAAACAACAUAAAGCUCAUAGAUUUUGGCCUCAGUAAUUGCGCUGGAAUCUUGGGGUACUCUGACCCAUUCAGCACGCAGUGUGGCAGUCCGGCAUAUGCUGCCCCUGAGCUGCUCUCCAGGAAGAAGUACGGCCCCAAGGUGGAUAUCUGGUCCAUUGGUGUGAACAUGUAUGCCAUGCUGACUGGGACUCUUCCAUUCACUGUGGAGCCCUUCAGCCUUCGAGGCCUUCACCAGAAGAUGGUGGAUAAGGAGAUGAAUCCACUACCCCCUUCACUUUCCACUGCUGCCAUCUGUCUGCUGAAAAAGCUUCUUGAACCAGACCCCAACAAACGCCCCAACAUCCAUCAGGUGAUGGCUGACUCCUGGCUGCAGCUGGCCAAUAAGAACACAGGAGCCCCAUUCCUCAAAAGGAGUCACAUUGAAGAAAUAAACCAGACAGUUUUAUGCCAUAUGACGGAGAAAAUGGGCUACAAGCAAAGCGAAGUGCUGAGCGCUGUACUUACCAACCGCGCUUGUCACAUUUUGACCAUCUACAUGCUCCUCAACAAGAAAAUAAAGAGACUCUCCAAUGAGUACAGGGAGAUACUGGACGAGAAGGAAAGCAAAUCGGAGAAGAAGAGAGCGGAAUAUUUCCAGACCCAGUGGAGGAAGCAUGUCGAAAAACUCAACUUCCCCCCAAAACAGACACCAGUCUACCUGGCUGUUAGCAAGGGGUCCAGCAAAGACAAGAAACACAGAACAGGUAUUUUGAGAGCCUUCAUAGGGGGUCACCGUAACUCACCUCUAGCCCCACCGGGUACUGUUGCUUCGUCAUCCAUGGAAUAUCUGGAGAUCCAUCCUCUUUUCCCCAACACCCCACAGCAACGGAGGCGCUUAGCUACCCUCCCACAAGUCAACACCAGCCCAGAACACAACAUUCCCGCUCCACCGGCACCAUCACCAAUCGGUAUGCAUUCCUUCGGAUCACUCUCCAAAGCUGAGCAGAUCGAGGAUACACCCUCAUCACCCUGGUACAAGUUGACCAAUGGUACUCUCUCCCCACCACGCCAUGUCUCUGCCUUCCAACCCGACUCCUCUUACUUGAAAAAGGCCACCAUACCCAGUCCCCCUGUGCUCAUUGUAAACCCACAGCCGAAGAAGAGUAGCUCAUCAGAUUAUUGCGGUUCCUCUGACACAAGCGGAAGCCCCCCCAGCACGAUAGGAAGCCCCCCAGGAAGCUCAGCUUUUAGCCCUCCGAAGUCUGCCUUUAGCCCACUUAACCCCACCUCAGCCUUCAGUCCUCCCUCCAACAGCGGGAGCAGUGAUCCUGAAAGCCCGACACAUCGAAGUAAGUUCCCCUCGAUGGGAAUUGGACAGAUCCUAAAGAAGAAAGUCCAAUUGCAGCCAUUCUCCUUUCGGCCAGAACAAGUCAUUGAGGAGGUAGUGUCCCCCCCUCCCUACCCUAUGCAGACUCUCCUGUGUGCUUCAGGUGCGCUGAAGACCCUCUGCUGAGGAAUCCAUGACAAAAGAAAAUGAAAGAAUGACAGACUAAAGUUAAGGGCCCUCUCGACAGUUUUUUUUUUCUUAUUUCUGUUGGAGAGGUCUUCCAGAGUGGCCUUUGGAAUUGUGAACUGUCCUUUUGUUUAACUGAGCCGCUUUUCAUGAAUAAUGUGAUUAUUUAAAAAAAAAAUACAAACAAACAAAAAAAUACUGAAGGGGGAUUGUUCCACAUGGGUUAUAUCUUUCCUCCCAUGUUAUGUAAUGACAAGUGAAGACACUGAGAAGAAGAGAUUUGAAACGGAUCCCUGAGCAAUGACUAAACCUUGCUGUGUCCCAGAUACAGAGUUGACUCAGGACAACAUGGUAUUAUGGGCCUUGUGAACAGAUUUGCAUACACAUGAAUAUAUACACACACAACACACUGUAUAAUAGUACAUGUUUUGUAGUAUUCCUGCAACUUACCUACUGAGCCGUAAACUGAUUCACACCAGCUAACAGACCCCAACCUUUACCCUCACCCUAACUGUAUGUGAAACUAUUUUGUCUGUGAAAACUCUGUAUGAUAGCCACUGACCUCCAGCCAGCUGGCACUGGAUCUUAAAUGCUGAUGGGGUGAAAAAGCUCCCUGCACUGUUCUUGAAAACCAAAACCAAUAUAAACAAUGGUGUUGACCAUCUUUUACCUCACUGCAUCAUUCACAUGUGGAAGCAUUGCAGUAGUCACGUAUGACACGCUAGUGUAGAUUGUGUCACUGCACUGCAACGUUGGAGUACAUUAAAAUCAACAUAGUGAAACUGAAGUAGAUACCAAGAGUAGAAACACAUCUUAGAGUCACCUUUUUUAGAAUUCAACCGUCAUUAACUCAACUUUUUUAUACACACGUUAGAUCAGUUGUAAGAUCCAAAGGGAAAUUUCUGUAAAAGUCUUUGAUACGAAUCUUUUACAGCAUGUAAUGCUGCAUUUUGGCAGUUUUGAUGAAGAAAAGCUUCAAAAUAUGAUAUUAAAAGCCUUAUGAAACGGAUUCACCUCACCGGAGGUAAAAGGAAAGGAGAUAAUUUGGGAGAACUGCUACUGUUACAUAACUUCCAUAGAAAUGACUAACUUCCUUUCGUCUUGUUGUGCAAUAGUCUUAAAUGCUAACUGCAAUGAUGAGUAUUUGCCAAGAGCUCUUUGAGAGUUACGUGUAAAUUGUCCCCUGUAAAUAACAGACAGCGCCAGUGCUCAUAACCUGCACCAUUUGGUAUGCGUGACGGUUUAAACAAGUUUGCUGAAAUCGUAUUUCACAAAAAGGCUUCCACAGGCACAUGGAGCUUUUCACUGUUAAGGUAUGAUAGAAUCUCUUCUUGUCCAAAUGAGAAGUCGCAUGAGUCGAAUUGUACUGUGAGCAUUGAAAAAGAGGUCUUUGUAACUUUUUCCUGGUUGAAACUGAGAUUGAUACUUACGCAGGGGUGGUGUAUUUUGUAAGAUUUUGUAACGAUUGGUUCAUGUUUGGGUGUCAAGAGAUUUCUAUGCUGUAUAAAGUAUUUUAAAUAUUUAUAAAGAAUCCCCUGUGUCUGUCUGGUCUUUAACAUUGCACAAUUCCUCUUGUCU